GUAAACAAAUAGAGCAGACAUUUCCAUUUUCUAAUAUAAAACACCAUGAUUUUGUUAAAAAUUGCUUUAAUAAGCUUCUUUCUAAAUUGUUGUUAUGCUGAGGUAAAACAUAUAGAAGCCAAUCCAGAUGCCAAAAGGCUUUACGAUGAUCUGCUCAGCAACUACAAUCGCCUCAUUAGACCUGUGAUCAAUCACACGGAGACACUUACAGUGUGGCUUAGUCUUAAAUUAUCACAACUCAUCGAGAUGAAUUUAAAAAAUCAAGUUAUGACUACCAAUUUAUGGGUAGUUCAGAAAUGGAAUGACUAUAAGUUAAGGUGGGAUCCUGAAGAGUAUGGUGGAAUCGAGAUGUUAUAUGUACCAUCCGAACAUAUUUGGCUACCGGAUAUUGUGCUGUUUAAUAAUGCCGAUGGUAACUACGAAGUGACCCUUAUGACAAAAGCAACCUUAAAAUAUACUGGAGAUGUCGUCUGGAAACCUCCAUCAAUUUAUAAAUCAUCCUGUGAAAUAAACGUUCAAUAUUUUCCAUUUGAUGAACAGAGUUGUUUGAUGAAAUUUGCUUCUUGGACAUACAAUGGUCUUCAGGUUGAUUUAAAACAUAUGGAUCAACAUGCUGGUAGUAAUAUUAUUAAAGUUGGUAUAGAUUUAUCCGAAUUUUACUUAUCAGUAGAAUGGGACAUUUUGGCUGUUCCCGCCACAAGAAACGAAGAAUAUUAUCCAGAUAGUCAAGAACCUUUUUCAGAUAUUACUUUCAAGAUCACCAUGAGAAGAAAAACUCUAUUUUAUACCGUAAAUCUUAUCAUUCCAUGUGUUGGAAUUACUUUCUUAACGGUAUUAGUAUUUUACUUACCGUCUGAUUCGGGAGAAAAGGUGACACUAUGUGUAUCAAUACUUUUAUCUUUGACUGUGUUUUUCUUGCUAUUAGCUGAAAUCAUUCCGCCCACCUCUUUGGCUGUACCGUUAUUAGGAAAAUAUUUACUGUUUACAAUGAUAUUAGUAACAUCUUCAAUUUGGGUUACAGUGUGUGUAUUAAAUGUACAUUUUAGAUCGCCCUCUACGCACAAAAUGUCUCCAUUAUUCCGUAAAAUAUUUCUCCAUAUAAUGCCAAAAAUGUUGAUAAUGCGAAGAACUACCUACACUAUACCAGAGUAUGACGAUUCUCAACCACCGAGGGGUUACUCAAACGGAGACAUGGAUUUACAGCUCAACAUGGGAGAACCAUUUACCAGCGACUUUAAAAUUACUACUAGAGAACCUAGUUUUGUUUUACAAAAUACUAAUCAAGACGACAUGGGUAAAAUGAAAGCCCAUUCUUCAAGUAAGUUCAUGUUCUUUUUAUUCUAUAAUAUUAAAUAUUAUAAAAUUUUAGUGGGCGGUUCAUCAACGAACAUAACUCCAAAAAAUCUCUCUGCCAACGUUUUAGCUGCCUUGGAAGGAGUUAGAUUCAUUGCCCAACAUAUACGCGAUGCUGAUAAAGAUAAUGAGAUUAUAGAAGACUGGAAAUUCGUAUCCAUGGUACUGGAUAGAUUCUUUCUCUGGGUGUUCACCCUGGCUUGUAUUAGCGGUACUUGCGGUAUCAUAUUCCAGGCCCCGUCGCUGUAUGACACUCGAAUUCCGGUUGAUCAAAAGUUGAGUGAAAUUCCACUACAUAAAAUCUUCCAAAAUCAAUUACCUCCGCCGCUAGCUCCGGGCUUAACACCAGUUUAAUAAUCCUCUUAAGACUCAUUUAUAGUAAAACUAUGUCACAGUAGGCACGGAGUCAUUUGAGUCACAAACUAUCAAGAUCAUCAGUAAACGACAUAAGCUUACUUCGGGUUAUUCUUAUUACCGAUUCUGACCCGUCCUAGAACUGUGUUA